CUGGAAGGGGUUUGGGACCGUUGCGGGGGUUUUGAGGGGGAGGCCAAACUUAAAGAGCCAGAGGAGCUUUUUUUUUUUCCUGCAACAACUCUUAAGUUAAUAUUUGUACCCUCUGAGUUAAUAUUUAUACAGAGCUUAGAACACUGCCUGGCAAACAAAGUAAGACCUAAAUGAGCGGUGUUUCAAAUAAAUAAGCGGAAACAAGCAGGACUUCUGUCUCAGCCCUACCGUGCCUGUUUCCUGGGUACAGGGUAUGACCACCCCCAUAAUGGCACGACAGGGCCUAAUUUAUCAUUUAAACCCCUCAAGCAGAGGUGGAAGCAUUCGAAUUACAUCAAAUUCUGGCGGAGAGAAGUAGAUCUGAUCAGAACACUCACACCCCUACUGGGACAUGCCCAUACCCCUUCGCACUUCUACACACCCCUGAAGACAGAGAGCCCCUCCCAGUUCCCCCAGGGACGGCCACUUCCUGGUCCCCGACGCAACCAUGGCUGAAGAACAACCGCAGGUCGAAUUGUUCGUGAAGGCUGGCAGUGAUGGGGCCAAGAUUGGGAACUGCCCGUUCUCCCAGAGACUGUUCAUGGUACUGUGGCUCAAGGGAGUCACCUUCAAUGUUACCACCGUUGACACCAAAAGGCGGACCGAGACAGUGCAGAAGCUGUGCCCAGGGGGGCAGCUCCCAUUCCUGCUGUAUGGCACUGAAGUGCACACAGACACCAACAAGAUUGAGGAAUUUCUGGAGGCAGUGCUGUGCCCUCCCAGGUACCCCAAGCUGGCAGCUCUGAACCCUGAGUCCAACACAGCUGGGCUGGACAUAUUUGCCAAAUUUUCUGCCUACAUCAAGAAUUCAAACCCAGCACUCAAUGAUAAUCUGGAGAAGGGACUCCUGAAAGCCCUGAAGGUUUUAGACAAUUACUUAACAUCCCCCCUCCCAGAAGAAGUGGAUGAAACCAGUGCUGAAGAUGAAGGUGUCUCUCAGAGGAAGUUUCUGGAUGGCAACGAGCUCACCCUGGCUGACUGCAACCUGUUGCCAAAGUUACACAUAGUACAGGUGGUGUGUAAGAAGUACCGGGGAUUCACCAUCCCCGAGGCCUUCCGGGGAGUGCAUCGGUACUUGAGCAAUGCCUACGCCCGGGAAGAAUUCGCUUCCACCUGUCCAGAUGAUGAGGAGAUCGAGCUCGCCUAUGAGCAAGUGGCAAAGGCCCUCAAAUAAGCCCCUCCUGGGACUCCCUCAACCCCCUCCAUUUUCUCCACAAAGGCCCUGGUGGUUUCCACAUUGCUACCCAAUGGACACACUCCAAAAUGGCCAGUGGGCAGGGAAUCCUGGAGCACUUGUUCCGGGACGGUGUGGUGGAAGAGGGGAUGAGGGAAAGAAAUGGGGGGCCUGGGUCAGAUUUUUAUUGUGGGGUGGGAUGGGUAGGACAACAUAUUUCAGUGAUAAAAUACAGAAUAAAAAUCAAGUGUUUUUACGCAA